AUGCAGAAGGCGCUCGGUGGCGUGGGAGGAAAAGCCGCUGCGGCAGCUGCUGCCGGCGCUGAUGGCGCCGCCUUUGGCGUGCUGCAAAACAUCCACAUCAACCCGAUGCCCGUGCGGGCCGCCAUCGACAUUGGGACAGGCGGCGUGGCGUCGCUGACGGUUGGCCGCGUCGACGCGGUGCACAACGCAGUGUGUGACGUUAUGUACCAGACGCAGGUGCCGCUCCACCUGCAUUCCGCCACAGCCUCUUCCCCUCUUUCCUCCGCCACUGCGUCGCCUUUCGUGCUGAGCGAGCAGACGCGCACGGACAUACGCAACAAGAUGCGUCUGCUGCACGGGGCCUUGCGCCGCGAUCACUACGAGGGCCUCAGCGAGCGGGCGGCGCUCAUCACAUGGCCGCUGUGUGAUGCGGCAGACGCCGUGGCGUUGGCGGGGGAGUUGACGCGCGAGUUUAAAGUGGACGUCCGCGUGCUGGGCAAGACGUUUCACGUGGAGAUGCCGUUUGCCAAUCACGGCGUGUUGUGUGAUGCUGGAGAUGCGUCGAGCGCAUCUAAGAAGAAGCAGGAACUCGCAGAACGAGCCACGGGUGUGAGCGACGACAAUGACAGCCUACGCGUGUUGAUGCAACGUGCCGUCCGCCGGCGUGAGGAGCGACGGCGGCGCGUAGAUGCACAUGACUCCUCCGAGGCGGGAGCAGAGCACUGUGUGGUGCCGCCGCAGCAGCAGAUGGAGCAGCUGGCUUUCCUCGCGCAUGCUGCCGCCAGCAAGUGCGUUGCGCCGCAGCGUAUGCUUGUGCUCGCGGAGGACACCCACAGGGGCCUCUGUGUCCUCGGUACCGACACCACCGAGGCAGAGGAGGUGGACGACGACGGCACCUGUGUCGUUUCACAGCAGCAGUGCGAAGGCAGUGGUGUGCUCACACACGCCUUGCCGAUCGACGCGACGCUGGCGCACCGACUGCUUCUCACAACGGUGCAGCGUCGCGCCGCUUCACACGGCAGCCAAGGUGAGCGGUGCAGCCCGAACCCUGUGCUGCGGGACGAGUUGCUGCAGUUGCGGUCCCUGCUGGAGGCGAUGGUGCGCCCCACGCUUCCACCCUGGGUACUGCGUAAGUCCCACGCCGGUGGCCUUGUCUGCGGCUCCAGCUUCAACGGUGGCGCGCUCAACAUCGCCGCGCGCGUGGCGCAGCGGACGAGCGUCUCGCUGGACCAUCUCGAGACGCACGCAGAGAUGCACUACUGUGGCCUCACAGAUGUGCUGCUAGGGAUGAACUACCCAGAUCCGACGAUGGUCCUGCCGAAUGCUGCUGUCACCAGUGCUCUGAUGCGUGCGAUCGGGACUCAUCGAUUUGAGUACUUACCGGAGGUGAGUCUUGCCGCCGCUUUGCUAGUCCAGCCGUCGCUUUGGACGCACGGCCGCCGUGAGCGGGUGCGGGCAGCGCUGCAGCAAAAGGCAUUCUACUCUGGUGGCAGCGCGCGCCGCACAUUUCGCCGGCCGCACGCGCGCGAGAAUCCGACGGCGGCGCCCGAGGCAUCGUGGCAGCGCAACCAGUCGUGGAACCCACUCUCGUACGAGAACAGUACAAAGGGAACGUGA